UUCAUGCGACGCGUUUACAGAUUUUCUGCGCGUUAUACGAUACAGUAGCGUGGGUUACGACGGUCAUCACGAGUCUCGUGAUCCUAACGAUACCGGAAGUUCUGUAGUUUCGUUAUCAGUACGUAUAUUCGCGGUUGACAGAAAUGGCGACCGCUGUACCGUCAAGAUUCGCGAUACUCAGUCUCGAUGACGAUGAUUGCAAGCCGAAGAAAACCCAGAAGACUGUUACCACUGGCAAGACAACUCAAAAACCGAAAAACGACAAAUCGAAGCAGCAGCAGCAGCCGCCGAAAAAGGAUGAAAAGAAGAAACAAAACAAGGGAAAAAAGAAAAAACCAAACAAUAACAAUAAUAAUGAAAAUCAACAAUGGGAACAGUGGAAACAAAAAGAUACAAUGGCUGUCGAGGAAGCAUUUGAGCAAGAGUUGCAUCAAGCUAUUUUGCUGUCAAAGCUUGCUUAUGAAGAGCAACUAGUAAGUGUGUCAAAAUCAGACAAAGAGCAAGAACCAAAUAAGAAAUCGGGGAAAAAAUCAAAAAAGGCUACCAUGUCGUUAGACGAAUUCAAUAGCAUGGGAUCAAACAACGUUCAAAUUACAGUUGUACCUACUGAUACUGGAGAUGCAAAACCCAAAGACUUGGAUAAAGAAUUCUUUAAAAGAGUUGAAAAAGAAACAAAGAAAGAAAUAACAAGGGAAAAAGAAAAGGAUAUCUUGAAAAUAAGGCUGAAAAAGAUAGAUGAUGAAAUCACAUCUGCCCAGUUGAGGGUAGAAGUGGAGAAACGUGAUGAAGUCAUAAAUGAAUUGAGGACUCAAGUUGAAACCUUGAAGGCAGAGUUAACGCAAGUCAAAGAAAGAAAUAAAAAACUGUAUCAAAUAUUGUCUCAUGGAGAAAUGAAGGAUAAAGCAUCAGUAUUAGCAGAAGUAGCAAAGUUACAAGAAAUAAGAGAUGAAUUAACAUCGGAAGUAACAUCUUUACAUGCACAAUUAGAACAAGAAAGGUCCAAAACACGUACUACUAGUGCAGAUGUCAAGCCGUCUAAACAAACUAACAAGAAGAAGCCAGCUAGUGAAAAUGCCUAAAUAUAAAAUAAUGUUCUUGAAUGUAAAAAAAUGAAACAUUGUGAUCCACAAAGUGUAAUUUACCGAUAUUGAUUAUUUUAUAUGAAUUAGUUAACAGUCUUCAGACUGA